UGUGCUCUGGUUCUCUCAGGGAACAUCGUCACUUUCCUCACCAUCUGGGGCUUCUUUGUGAUGGCUGACAGUGACGAUGUGGAGUACAGCAUGUGGUGAGGUGCGAGUGCGAGCCGAAUGAGUGGGCGAAGAAGGUGCCAUGGACAGAGGUCGUUUGCUCUCUCCCAUUAUCCCAAGGGACGGAACUCUGCUUGUAAUUCACUGGGACCUCAGUUCAUAAUGGCUGUAGAAAAUUGCGAUUUAUUCUACUAUAGUUGAUUAGAGCUCCAAAGGGAAGUUGUCGUAUCAAAAGAAUAUUUAUCGUGGGUCACAAGAACUUGCAGUCUGUCUGUCUGUCUGUCUGUCUGUCUGUCAGUCUUUUGAGAUGACUUAAUAUGGAUGCAAUAUGCUAGGGUUAAGCAUUGGUUUAAGUUGAUUUAUGUGAUCAGUCUGUCAAAUUUUAAUGAAUUAUGCUUGUCAGUGUAGUCUCUCCUUUUGGAUGAUUAUAUUGUGGUUUAACAGCUGGUUCUUCUGUCUUUCUCUGCUUUAUUCUCAUUCUUGUACACAGUGACAAUCAUGUGAGCAUUGUUAUGAUUAGGAGUAGUAGUACUAAUGUCAUUUAUUUUUUAUUUUAUUUUAUUUUUUUUUUAUGAUUAAACAAUCUUUUUACUUUCUUUCAUUUUAUGAGAAUGGCAUAGAUGUUGUGAUUCUUUUUCUUUCCUUUUCUCUUUUAGAUAUUUUGGUCGGGCAAGACAACCUUAAACUUGUAUAUGGUAUUGUUUGAGAGAUAAUCUGUAAAAUGGUAUCUUAUAGAAAUGAUCUAAGAGUUUCUAUUGAUAUUGUGUUAUUCAAUAUGUAGAUACACAGUAUUGCAGAUUAUGUUUUUUAUUAUUUUUAUUAUUUUUAUUACAUAGAAAUGUGAUGUGUACUAUUAAUGAUUGAUAAAGUAGAGAAGUCAUGGUAAUACUCUGUUCAUUCUAAGGGGGGGGGGGGGAUAAAGUAAAAUACUGUUGCAUUGUAUUUUAUGAAUAAAUAGUGUGAUGUUAUUUUAUAAUUAUUUAUUGAUACUUAGAUGUUCCUUUUUUUUAAUACACCCUGUAAUUUAUCCCUCAUUCAAUAUGCUGUAUUUUUCCUACAUGAAUACUAGAUAGGUAUAAUUUAGGGAGGGUUGGGAUAACAUGUAAAUAGAAAAUAAUAUUUGAUAGCAAUGUAAAUAUCAAGGGAGAAAUAUUUUUUAUGGUUUAUAAGUCUGAAAGAUUAACUAGGGGCUGGCUGAACAGAAAUGAACUUGCUGCUUGUCAAAAA